UCGUCGGGCGCGCAAGAUGAUCAAGAGCAGACAGGAUUCCUACAUUUUGGGUGUGUUCCUUCUGUGUUUUCUGGUAGUAACCCCAGCGAUACGCUGCUCUGGCGACCUGAAUCGCCAUCGAUUGUUCGUCCAGACCGAUCGCACCCUCUCCUCCAUCAGCAAUCAGAUCAUCGCCCAGGCCACGGAACUGGUGGACAAUGUGGUCGAGGAUCUGCUCGUCCUGGACUCACAGAACACCAUUCUGAUGGGCUACCUGGACAGCUUCGAUGCCUUCACGGCGGUGAGCGGCAACCGAACGCAGGAGAAGCUCAACAGCUUCUACGACGUUGUGGGGGACUACCUCGACUCGGACACCACCGGUGAUCCCCUGCGAUCGUCUACCAUCGAAACGCAGCUGAUUGCCCUGUGCCUGCAGCGCAACGGCUUCGAUCGCUGGAAGCGCACCGUCCAACAGCGGACGAACCAGCUGCAGAAAUUCCUCAACAAAAAGCUGCACAAGCACCUGGACACCCUGGACAAUGAGGAUCGCGUGGCUAUAGAGCGACGCUGGAAGCGUACCCUGGCACGCGGCGGCACCCGACGACUCGAGAAGCUGCGGGAAUUCAUCCAGUGGUUGGGAAAGUUCAGAGAUUAGCGUUUGAUGUGACGUUGGGUAGGUUAUAGGGGUUACGGGCGAGGGACUGCCAUAAAUUAUUUCGUAUUUUAUCUACUGAUAAGGAAAUGUAUAUGUUUAUUGUACAACAUAUAAUCAUGUAUAAUCGUAUGUAAGCAGUGCUCUAUAUCAUGCUCAAACAUCUGCGACAGCGGCGUGUGCAGAUAUUUCUAAUAAAGAUUUUGAUAAGU